GGGUUGCAGCAUAGAGACUGAGGGAUGACGUCGCAGUUGGAGCCUAUGGAAAAAAACACUUUAUUCGCCCCAAUGAACUCUUCCGGUAAAAAAAAUAAAAAUCACUCUCUCCCGAUUGGUCGAAUUUAAAAAUAAGACCGCGACAGUUUGGGCUGAAGAAAGAUUUUUGAUGCGAUCAAUAUUUUGGGAAUCAGUUCUGUCACGAUGAUGGAAUCGUGUUUUUACAACAAAUUGGAAAACAUGGAGCGGGAAGUUAACUUCGACGACUUGAAGAAAGACCUAUUUUCUGAGUUUAAUUCCAUAGACUCCCAGGAGUCUUGCCUGGAAGAGCAUGAACACUUGCAGGUGUACCUUCGCAUUCGACCAUUCACAUCAACUGAGAGUGAAAAUGGCGAAUCACAGGACUGCGUUUCCAUCGAGCUCCCGGACACGGUCCUCCUUAAGGCUCCAAGGACUUCGCUCUCAGCACGGCUCCGUGACAAAUCGGCUCAACGGUUUCAAUUCUCACAGGUGUUAGGGCCAGAAACCACUCAGAGGGAGAUGUUUGACGGCACUGUGAGAGGUCUCGUCAAGGAGGUUCUGGAAGGCGGAAAUUCUCUCGUUUUCACAUAUGGAGUGACAAAUGCGGGAAAGACAUUCACAUUUCUAGGUCCAGAGGCCAAUGCAGGGAUCCUCCCUAGGUCUUUGAAUGUCAUCUUCAACAGCAUUGCCGGGCGUGUUUAUGACCAGAUGACUAUCAAGCCACAGCGAUGCAGAGAGUUCAUCAGGCUCACUAAAGACCAGCAGAGUGAAGAGGCCACUAGCAAGCGAAAUCUCUUCAGGCUCCUCAAGGAGAGUGAUAACCAGAAAAUCUUCACCAACAAGACAACCCUGGAAGGGUCCACACUAAGUGACAUUGAGGGGACUGUGACGGAACAACGUUUCAGUCUGGAUGUUGAAGCACAAACCAAGUUCUCCGUCUGGGUGUCCUUCUGUGAAAUCUACAACGAGAACAUUCACGACCUGCUGGAGCCCAUGCCGAUCGGAGCCCAGAAGAGAAUCUCACUGCGGCUGUCACAGGAUGUCAAAGGCAACUCCUUUGUGAAAGAUCUGAAGUGGGUACAAGUGAACAAUGCGGAGGAGGCCUACAAGGUAAUGAAGCUAGGGAAGAAGAACCAGAGCUUCGCCAGCACAAAGCUCAACCUUCUCUCGAGUAGGAGCCACAGCAUCUUUUCUGUUCGUAUCCUGCGGAUGGAAGAUGCUAGGAUUCCUCGUGUUAACUCUAUCAGCGAGCUGUCCUUGUGUGACCUGGCUGGGUCUGAGAGGUGUGCUAAAACUCAGAAUAAAGGGGGGCGUUUGAAAGAGGCCGGGAACAUCAACACUUCCCUGAUGACACUGGGCAAGUGCAUCAACACGUUACGGCAAAGCCAGCAAUCCAAGCUACCACAGCACGUCCCCUUCAGGGAGAGCAAGCUGACCCACUACCUACAGGGUUUCUUCUGUGGGCGGGGCAAGGCCUGCAUGAUAGUCAACGUCAACCAGUGUGCCUCCAUGUACGACGAGACGCUCAACGUGCUCAAGUUCUCCGCCGUGGCUCAGAAGGUGGUGGUGCUGACCACCAAGACCGUCCCCCACCUCGCCACCAAGAGGUCGGCCCGGGAACUGUCCAUGAUCAUCAACAACGCAGACAGGAAGUACCUGUUGGGUCAGAAGAGAAGGAGCUCCCUGGUUGGCUGGGAGACCAGUCUGGAGGACGUGCAGGAGCAUGACGACACGGAAGAGGAGAGCGUGAUGGAGACCAUGCAGGAAGUGGGCGAUGACGAAAAGGUUCUCAUCAACAAAGACACUUAUGAGAGCCAGCUACUCCAGUUGACGGAGCUCCGGGAACAGCUGCAGGAAGAGAGGUCUAAAAACGUUGCUUUGGAAUCCCGGAUCCGUGACGAGGUCACCAAGGAGUUCUCGGAGUUCUUCUCUGAAAUGCAGACCGAUUACAAGGAGCGUCUGGCCAAAGAGGAGAAGAAUGUCGAGGAGAGAGCAGAGAAGCGUCUAGAGAUCCUGAGAAAUCUAGUGAACAUUAACACCAGCCAAGAGGAGUUGGACAGAGUAGACCGAGUCACAGAGGACAGCUCGGCAUUGGGAGGGAUGUUUGACUCCAUGUGCAGUGACCUGGCAGGCAUAAAGAAGGCGGCUGAGGAGGCCAAGACAUGUCUGGUGGUCACCCAACCCAAUGGCGAAACCAUCUCCAAUCUGGAGAAGAGAGUGGAUGAUCUCUCGGGGCUGCUGAGCCAAGCCCAGGAGCAGCUCACUGUCAAAACCAAUGAACUAGAACGUUAUUGCAGACAAGCUCAGCAAUCGAACCAACAGCUUGAAGAGGCUAGAAAGACUCUCGAGUCUCAGGAGCUGAAAUUCUCCCACUUCCUGGAGAUGUGUCAUGAGAAGGAUGAGAUGAUCACCUCGCUUCAGAACACUGUAGACCAACAGGUCCAAGCCACGAUCAAGGAUAAGACUACAUUUGACGGCAUCAAGGAUGAGAUCCUGCAACUGAAAAGCAGCUGCACUUGCUCCAGAGGGGAGAGGCCCAGCUCUCGCGCAGAGAGCCGCAAACGGCUGGUGGAUCUCCAGGCCAACCUGGAGGACCAGCCCCCCAGCAAGAAAGGGUUCCUGGGGAGAGGACAGAAGGAGAUGGACAGAUUGCGCAGGGAGCUGGUGGAGGUACAAAAGGACAGUGGGCUUCUCCGAGACAAGCUGACGGAACAGGAAAGAGAAUUCCCGGAGGCCCUAGAGGAGAGUGAGCUGGAAGAGAAACCGUCCCCACAGGAACUGAACUUGGCGCAGCUCAAGGCAGAAAUGGAGGAGGCUAAAGCCAUGGCCCACAGCGAGAACUCUGUAGCGGAGGUCGUGACCUUGAAAGGAAAGAUGGCUGCACUGGAAGAGAAGCAGGGCACCCACCAAACGGAGAGGGAGGCAGCCGUAAUCGUGUCCCAGUCAUAUAACGACGAGCUCAUGUCCCAAACGAAGAGAGUGACAGAGUUGGAGAAGACACUGUUUGAGAAGGAGACGCAGGUCUCAGGCCUGCAGAGGAGCCUGAGGGAGGUGCAGGAGAUGUGGGAGGAAGAGGAGACCGCUACGGUGCAGGAGGCUCGUAAGAGGGAGGUGGAGAGGAGGAGGGAGCUGCUGGCUGUGGCUGAAGAGGCCAUCACUCAGAAGAACGCUGAGCUGGAGAGGAGAGAGCAGGUCAUCACCAGAUUGAAGGAGACGGCUAAACUCGACUCGGACAAAGUGAAGAGUUUGACCUUGGACCUUGAGAGGAAAGACGACGACACUUCUGAUCUCAAAGAGAAGCUGUCCGACUCAAAAAAACAGAUACAGCAAGUUCAAACGGAGAUCAUUUCCAUGCGAGAAGAGGAGAAAUCUCUCAAACGAAAACUGCAGGACUUGGAGAAAGUGAAGAGACUGCAGCAGGCAGACUUGGCUAAUAAAGACAGGACCAUACAGCAACUGAAAACGGAACGGUCUGCUGACGAGAACCUCAAGCUGUAUCCGAACGCCUGUAAAGACCUUCAGGCUAAGGAGCGUAUGAUGGAGGACAUGCGUCUGGCUCUAACUGAACAGGAGGAUACCCAGACCCAACAGGAGCAGGUGUUAGAGGCCAAACUGGAUGAGAUUGACGCCCUCAUUGAAGAGGUGGAUAAACUGAAAGGACUGUUACGCUACCAAGACAGUGGGAAAGACACUGGAGCCAUGAGAGACAACCAAUCGGACGAGGCCAAGCUAGCCAUACAGGAAGCAAUUCAGGCUCAAGUCACCUUAAAGCUGUGUACUGAGAAACACCAAGCUGACAGGAGGAAGUGGCUUGAAGAGAAGACUGUACUGAUCCGGCUGGCCAAGGAGGCCGAGGAUAAGAGGAACCAGGAGAUGAGGAAGUUUGCAGACGGCCGCAAGCUUCACGCCAAGCAGCAAACCCAAGUGGAAGGUCUGGUGGCCCAGCUCAGUGAGAAGGAGCAGGACCUAGUGAAGUGGAGGAAAGAGAGGGACUCCCUGGUAACAGCUCUGGAGGUCCAGCUAACCAAACUCCUCUCCAGCAUCGCCGACAAGGAUGAACAGAUAGCCAGUCUCCGCUGCCAUGCCUCCUCUCAGCCAGCAGAGAGAGACCGUGGCCAGGUGGAGGUGGUGGAGCUGCAGGGCCUUCUGUCUGACAGAGACGCUGAGAUUCUUAACCUGAAGGAACAACUGAAAACUGCAUCCGAAGCCAGCAGCGACGUCUCAGCCCCUACUAGACACAGAGAGACAUCCAAUCAGACUAAAGCAGAGGAGUGCCCUCCCAAAGUCCGUGAGAGGAGUCUCCAUGGCAACAGUCAACGAGUACACGGCGUAAAGACGUUGAAGAGGACCAGUCAGGCAUCUGGGGGCUACCCGUCGGUGCUAGACUCCUCAGAGAUCUCCACAGAAGGAGGCAGGACCAGCCGCUUCCCCAAGCCGGAGCUGGAGAUCUCCUUCAGCCCGCUGCAGCCCAACAGGAUGGCCCUGAAACGCCAGGGAGAGGCCGUGGUCAACGUCAAAAUCACCCGCAAGAGGAAGAGCUCUGAGAUUGACAAGAAGAGCGGAUGGCGAAGUCCAGCUAAAAGGAGAGCAACGCAUGAACUCCCAUCUCAGGAUGAGGUGCGCAAGGAGAACCAUAGAAACCCCAGAACCAGACUGGCUCCUAAACUGGCUGUGCAUCAAGAGUUGCCAUCUCCGGCCAGUGGCAGUAAAGACCCGGGAUCCAUAAGGCCCCAGGACUCCCAGUCCAGCUUGCAUAGCAGGAAAGAAGGAACGAUGCAGAAGAUCGGAGUCUUCGGUAGCAAGGCUAAAAAGAUAAUGGGAUUGGUGAGCGGGAAAUCCCCAGAGACGGAAAGGGGUUCGUCCAUGAGCUUUAGACCCAUGAAGUCCAAGUGGAAGAGAUCUCCUCCCCGAUAGACUUCUCCUCCCUCCCGCCCAGCUGCACGUCCGUUUAAUUAGGCCUGGGCAAUAUGGCCAAAGUACAUCACAAUUAUAUGUCUUAUUGUUGAUAGUAUAGCUGUAUUUCAUGUUUCUGAAUAAUACAAAUAUUAAAUAUGUUUUAUUUGUAGCCGGGGGUUGGAACCGGUUAAGGGAACAGAACACCGGAAAAUAAUGACAUUUUUCAAGAAACAGAACCGGGAAUGAAAGUGAUCCAUGGUGUUCGGGAACAGAACCGUUAUUUUAAAAGCAUGGGAACCAGCUAAUAACGUUCUUUUAGGUUACGGGCAUUUUUCUAUAGUUGCAUCUUGCGCCAUAGGCUACACUUGUCUGUCCAUCAUGCAUGUAAACAACUAGCUUGGCUGCUCUAUCCACACUGAUUGGUGAAGUCAUUUAAUGAACUAAAUGUAAACAACUGUCGAUUUUUCACAGGUUAAUAACAAAAAAGGAACUGAAUGGAACAAUAUACACCGGUACUUUUUGGGGGGUUCGAACCGGUUCAGAACUUUAUUUUGCCGAAUGGAACAGUGGAACGGAAUUUAAAAAAAUAAUGGUUCUGUUCGGAACGAAACGAUCGGUUCGAACCCCUGAUGAGUAGUGCAGGACCCUAGGAUGGCUACAAAUACAUUUUACAUGGUUUUAAUGGGCUUUCUCCAUUCUGGUUUAAAUGGAUUUUCUCUCUUCUGAUUGGUUUAUACUCAACCAAAACUGACAGUGAAAUAGUCCAAUUUGUAGAACUUAUUUAUGUAAUUUUGUAUCAAGAAGUCGUUAUAGACGGUAUUGUAAAAACCCAUACCUGUAUGCGGAUCCAUCCGUAUGAUAUAUGGCCCAGCCCUACAUCUGAUUAGUACAAACAGGAAAUAUAUCUGAUUGGUGGGCCUGCUCCAGACCCGGGACAACAGGGCUAUUGGUACAACAGGGCUAUUGGGGCAAC